AGGACGGGGCUGCUUCCGGCCACCCAGGCACCGGCGGAAUGGCACUGGCCCCGCCUUCGCGGAGCCCACAACCACGCGGCCUCUCCCUCCUGCGGUCGUGCGUGCCUCUCCUUCCUCUUCCGUCUGUGCUGCACCCGGUCCGUCUCCGCGCGGCCCGUGACCCCGUUUUCUCCUGAUCCAGCAGGAGGGAAAGAAGGCAACGCGAAAGAGAGAGAGAAACCGCUAUGUCACGGAGUUCCCGCGAGAUGUGACGAGAACCGGGUGGGAAGUGGGGGGGGACAAAAAACCCGGGCUUUAAUGUGCGGCUCGGCCGGCGGUCGUGAGGGGUAACACAAGAACCUGUAGAAUAUGAGUGAUGACAAACCCUUUCUAUGUACUGCCCCUGGAUGUGGACAGCGUUUUACCAACGAGGAUCAUUUGGCUGUCCAUAAACAUAAACAUGAGAUGACACUGAAAUUUGGUCCAGCUCGUAAUGACAGUGUCAUUGUAGCUGAUCAAACUCCAACGCCAACUCGAUUUUUGAAGAAUUGUGAAGAAGUGGGUUUAUUCAAUGAAUUAGCAAGUCCUUUUGAAAAUGAAUUCAAAAAAGCUUCUGAAGAUGAUAUUAAAAAAAUGCCCUUAGAUUUAUCACCUCUUGCAACUCCAAUUAUAAGAAAUAAAAUUGAAGAGCCUACAGUGGUUGAAACAACUCACCAAGAUAGUCCCUUACCUCAUCCAGAGUCUACGACCAGUGACGAGAAGGAAGUGUGUCUGCAGCAAACUGCCCAGCCUACUUCCACAAUUGUACGCCCAGCUUCUCUACAGGUUCCUAAUGUGUUGCUUGCAAGUUCUGACUCAAGUGUCAUUAUUCAGCAAGCCAUACCUUCACCAACUUCUAGCACUGUCAUAACACAAGCUCCAUCUUCCAAUAGGCCAAUAGUACCGGUGCCAGGCCCUUUCCCCCUUUUGUUGCAUCUUCCUAAUGGACAAACCAUGCCUGUUGCUAUUCCCGCUUCAAUCACAAAUUCUAAUGUGCGUGUACCAACUGCAGUUCCUCUUGUCAGGCCUGUCACCAUGGUGCCUAGCAUCCCAGGAAUUCCAGGACCCUCAUCUCCACAACCGGUGCAGUCAGAGGCAAAAUUGAGAUUAAAAGCUGCACUGACGCAUUCUCAGGUAACAAAUGGAGAUACUGCUAAGGGACAAACAAGUGGACUAGUUCGAACUCAGUCAGAGGAAGCCCGACCACAAUCACUACAACAGCCCGCCACAUCUACUACUGAAACACCGGCCUCUCCUGCUCAGCCUGCACCACAAACGCCAAAUACAGGAGGCCGGCGAAGAAGAGCAGCAAAUGAAGAUCCCGAUGAAAAAAGACGGAAAUUCUUAGAGCGGAACAGAGCAGCUGCUUCGAGGUGCAGACAAAAAAGAAAAGUUUGGGUCCAGUCUUUGGAGAAAAAAGCAGAAGACCUCAGCUCACUAAAUGGUCAAUUACAGAAUGAAGUCACCCUGCUGAGAAAUGAAGUGGCACAGCUAAAACAGCUUCUUCUGGCUCAUAAAGAUUGUCCUGUUACCGCCAUGCAGAAGAAAUCUAGCUAUCAUACAACAGAUAAAGAUGACAGUUCCGAAGACAUUUCCGUGCCAAGUAGUCCUCACACCGAAGCUAUUCAGCAUAGUUCCGUCAGCACUUCUAAUGGAGUGAGCUCCACCUCCAAGGCAGAAGCAGUGGCUACGUCAGUUCUCAGCCAGAUGCCUGACCAGAGUACAGAGCCAGUGCUGUCACAGAUUGUCAUGGCUCCUCCGUCCCAAUCACAGCCUUCAGGAAGUUGAUCAGAAACUUACUUUGUUUUUAGAUAUUCCUUAGCAGCUUCAAAGGGAAACCAAGGAAAUAGCCUUCAUCUAGAAAACAUCUGUAGCUUAAUAAUUACUCAUCUGUAAAAUAUAAACUUGAAUUUGGCUUUGGAAGUUGGCAAACAGGAAUUGCACAGCCGGUUUUAGUCUCUUUGUAGUCACUUUGGUUCCUAACUAGGAUGGUUUGUUAUUUUCAGUGCUUGUCAUGUAAAAGUGUUGGUACAGCUGAAAUGUACUCCUCUUUCAUUUGAUGGUAUUCCAAAAAUAAUAAUUAAGAACAGUCGCUAAAUACUCAUCCCAAAACUGUGAUCAUAAUCUUAUAAUAUUUUAUACCAAAGUUCUACAUAGAUUCCUUUGUAAAGUCGACAAGAUCAUAAAGCACUAGGCAAGGGAGGAAAAGACCAGAACGGUAAAUUUGCUUUUAGUCUUUUUGCCUUUGUAUUGUUUUGCACAUUAUGAGAAGAAAACAUUGGGAGAAUAUGUUUGAUUAUAUUGUGUAGCAUUAUUUUUUUUUGGCUUUUUAACUUUGGAUGUUUUUUUAAAAGAAUUUUGUUCAACAGGGCCAGUACGGUAUAUGAUAUACAGUACUUUUAUGCACAUACAUAAUCUUGAUCAGGGUCAUUUUAGCUAGAUUUUCUUUUUAAUUGAUACCAGUUUAGCUAACACUUCCAUUUUAAAAUCAGGACUUUCAUUUCUGACAUGGAAAUAAAUUCUGCAGCUGUCCGUUUACAAAAAUCAAAAAAGACAAUGGACAGGUGUUAACAGGGUUAAAAAAUGGAACUGUUUUUCAAAAUCAGCAUAACUUGAUACUUUGUGGGGUUUUGACUCUUAAAAUGAGAAGCGUUUGCGCAUUCUAGUAUGGUAUGUGUGCCAGAAAACUUAAAUUCUCUCCUCAAACAACUCAAGAUUUCUUUUUCUUUCUUUUUUUGGUUAUUGUCUUGUGGUUGCAAGGUAACUUAACUUUAUUCUUGUGUAAGCACUGUCAUGUUUUAGUAGAGAAAUUUUGAUACCUGAAUGCGGGGAAAUUAAUGAUUUACCAUACCUUGGAAACAAUUACAGUAUGUGUGUGUGUGUGGAUGGGUGGGUGCAGUAUGCAUUUGUGAGUGUGCAUGUAGAUACAUGAGUGAGAAAGAGAAUGAUUCAGUACUUUAUGCCGGCAUUCUGUGCUUGAAUGUUUAAAGAUGCCUUCAAUGUGAUGCUGGCUUGAAUAGGUGUUUGCAAUUUUGAAUUGUAAUUUACUGUGUGAACUUGGAUAAUUAACAUUCCAUGAUGUAGUUUCUGAUGAGAUGAUGUAGGUACAGUUCAUCUCAUUAUCCAAUCAUCUGUAGAAUAUGGAGGGUUUUUUUUUAAUGUGCCAUUAUCUAUUUUAAUUCUGAAUUUACAUUAAAAACAACAGCAGUAUACUAUUUUAUUAAACUGUAAAAUUUCAAAAUAUAGGUCUGUGCAUUCACAUCAGUAAAACUUUGUAAAACAAUGAAGUAAAUUACACAAUGCAAUAUCUGGCAGUAAAAAAAAAAAAAAACAGGAGAAACCCAUUAUGUAUAUAACAAGCAUUUAUUGCAUUUAUUGUGGAUUGUGUGACUUGUUUCUUCUAUGCUUUGUUUUAACCUGGGGUGCCAUCAAUCUAUGAAGUCACAAUUUUAAGUGGUGGCAAUGACAGAAAACAAUUUUAUGGUGUACAACCAAACUUGAACAGAAACUGGAUGCAGUGAUUAAAUUAUGUAUAUAUCAUUUCAGUGCUUUUAAGUCUGAAAAUAAGAAUUUAAAUAUUUUGUGUAUUAAAACUACAAGGAGCAGGUUUUUGCAUAGUUAGCAAAGAAAUACUCUAAUUGCCUUUGCUUUAUCAGGUUGUUUUAAAAGAACUGUAAUACUGAAAGCAAACUUACAGAAUUUAAAACACAGAACAAAAAUGAGAGUCUCCAUGAGCGAAUACAAACCCUGAAAGAAACCUCCACAGAAGAUUGCUUUGAUCUAAUUCUAGCCAUGCCGAGGUGGGGAUGUGCCCCCAGUUGAAAGCAGUGCAUCAUUGAUAGAUGGCAUUUAUGUUCUUGUGAACACCUGAUGUACGCACCUGCUUUGUGCUCCCUCCAAUUUAGGCACAAUGUAAAAAGCAAGGGAUCUGGACUCAUAUCCCUAUCUGAAUUGGAGUGAUUACUCUCUCAUUGUGAAUUCCAUGAACUGGGUAAGAACAAUUUGGUUGUGUUUGCUCUGCUAAAUAUGAUGGGCUGUGUUGUACUCUACUAUCUUCAUUUCUGUCCUGAAGCAGCUCACUGAAUUAAAUGGUGAUGCCUCAGUAAAAAUGCCUGGAGCAAUAUAAGCCAAUCUUAUUUUAAAACCUUAUUUAAUGUAACACGGUGUUUUUAGUAACAAAAGUGUUGCUGUUGUAAAUCUAAGUACGUGUGAGGAGAUAUGUAAAAUGAUUUUAAUGGAGGGGUUAGUGAAAAUCCUAUCUAUGUUCAACAAAACAGUUGUACAACCAUAGAUUCCGUUUUAAACUGUAUGUCACUAUUUCUGUACUUUGCAUUUGCGUUCCUUGAAUUUGACAUGUUUCACAAACUGUACCGUUUUCUUCACUGUGCAGUUUGCAUGAGUAAAUCAUCAAGAGAAUAAAAUUUAUCUUUACAUUGUA